CGACCAUCGUCUCGAACGUCAGCACAUCAGAUAAUUCCCUGGAGAAUUUCUCAGCCAAGUUUCUAAAGAAUGUUAACAACGAUGAUUCAUCGUCGGAUUUUUCCUUACUGAGAACGUGCGAUUAUUGCCAGCAAAGCUUUGUGACUUCGGAAGAACUGAUUCAACACUUGAAAGAUGUUCACGCUAUUGUUGAUUCGUUUUCGCCGAGCGAUAACUCGAACGAACAAAUCAAGAUAAACGACAAUCACGCAGACGAAGGACAUUUGGCCGCUAAUCGGAAUGAUACCAACGAUUACGAAGCCGGCAGUGACUUUGAAAUGAGAGACGAAAAAGGGUUUCACAACGGAAGAAUGAAAAGAAAGAAUGAGGAUAACGCGGAGGUUGGCGAAGACGAUGACGACGCUAAUGACAACGAGGAUGAUUGUGGCUCAGAGGAAGGGGGUGGUUCCACAAACGACUCAUCAAGAGUGUCUAAAUGGAAAGUGAGAAAGUAUUGUGAUGUCAUUUCGUCUGCCAAAUCAACCGAAUCCAUCAGCUGGGUCACUGAGAUCUGGAAUAACUGGAUCAUCAAUCACGACUCCCCAGACGUGGCCACUUCGGACUGCGAUUUGGAAAACCUGUUCCGAGCGAGACUCAAACACAGUCCAAUCCUCCUGGCACAGUUUGCGAGGCAAUGUAAACAAGCGGACGGCAAAGACUACCCUCUGAGAACUCUUUAUAGCAUAUUCAGCAUCAUACAAAUGUAUUUGAAUAACGAAAAGAUCUCGAUCAACAUAUUUAAGGAUGAAAAGUACUCCGAGUUCCAGAGAGCACUACAUGAGAAAAUGAAGCCGAUAUCGAGAACUAUGACCGCCAAAAGUUCAAUGAAACGAGGAGUUAUAACUGAAAAUUUGGAAAAGGAGUUAUGGGAUCGGAAGGUUCUGAGCACUGCAGAUCCAACCAUGCUUUUACGGACUGUGUUUUUCUUAGUUGGAAAGCAUUUCAACCUUGGCAGUCGCCAAGAGCAUCGGAACUUACGAGCUGGGAUCAACUCCCAAAUAAAAGUAGUCGGAACAGAUGAAAACGAGCGAAUUGAGUUUACCGAAGAUAGUUUAUUCGGGCGUGAGUUCAAUAAUAUUCAGCGGCCGACAAUUUACAAAACAGAGGCUUGGAACUGUCCUGUGAAGAUAAUCAAACUAUACCUCUCGAAACUUCCGAGGUAUGCAGUCGCUUUUUACUGCAAACCGAAGACUGACUAUUACACAGCUAAUGACUGGUAUUAUAAUCAGCCGAUUGGAGUGAACACUUUGUCCAAAAUAGUAGAGUCAAUAGCCAGAGAUGCUGGCUGGGAUACGAGUGUUAACUGGAGUGGUGCUUACGUGUGCAGUAUAUGUCAGAGAUCUUUCAGGUUCCAGUGCAACUUGUCCUAUCAUAUGAAGUUUCAUUUCAUGGACAAGCCACAUAAGUGCAAUUUGUGCUUCAAAGGAUUUGCGAGCAAAACUCAACUUUGGUCUCACAAGAGGGAAGUUCACAAGACUGAUGUGAAAUCACCUUCAAAUCAGUACACGAAAGUGCAAUCUUCAGACGGCAAGUCAUUAGGUUUUGGAAAUCAGGGGUCAGCCGAGGUCAUGCCUCCUAAUGUAGUCUCAACUUCACUUUCAAACAACGUGAAUAAUUCUUCUUUCCCAUCAGAGAUUCGAAGUUCGUUUUCAAACCCUUUGAACUUGUCGGGAAAACCCUCGGUUAAUAAUCAAAUAGUUAAUAGUUUCGGUAUUCCGACCAUCACGACUAAUCCGGCGCAUCAAAUUGCAAGUGAUAUUUACGCAUGUUUUAAGUGCUCAGCUAAGUUCUCUAGCGCUCAUCAAAUGAUAACGCAUUUAGAAAACCAUAUCAUGGAUUUAGAAAAACGUCUGAAUCUAGCCAUAGUCGCGAAUAAUGGCUCAACUAACAGGGCCAUAGUCAUGAGUUCGAUGGCGCCCCCGAUUACGAGGCCAACGGAUAAAGCGCCACCUCUCGAGCGAAGUAAUGUAAUCAACAUCACUACAUUGCCGCCACAUAUUCAAGUUCAGCAUGUUCAAACUCAACAGAAUGAUACACCGCCUCUAUUGAACGGCUUUGCUCAACUGGAAAAUCAAGUUUCAGACUUGCUCGCUAAAAUCGAAACUGCCGAUCAUGUUAAAGAAGAAUCAGUUUCUGAUACAUUUUCGGUUUUUAGUAAUAAUGAAAACAGUGAAAGUGUAGUAAGUGACGGAAUGACUUUGUUACUAUGCCCAGUCUUGUGCCAAUGUGGUCCUUGCGACGAAGUUUUCAGCAGUGAAAGUGACUUAAAAGACCAUGUGAUGUCUCAUAGUUCUCCAGAAGACAGGUCCAAAUGCAAGAACUGUGAAAUGGAUCUAGUCAAAAAUGAAGACACUUUUUUCCUUGAAGCUUCGAGUAAGCCGAAAGUUACAUUUGAUUUGAAAACUACAGUCGAAGAUAUAGAAAGUUACGAGAACUCAACUCAUUCGGGCUCAGACCUGAUCGAAGUAGUUAAAAGUGAAGACCAUGAAAUACUAUCUUUUGACGCUGAGGAUUCGGGGACGCCUCCAGCUGCUCCUCCAGCGCCCCUAGAAUUCACAUUUGAUUCGGCAUUGCCAAGCAUGGUGCCGAGUAACAACCGAUUGAACGAUAUCCCGACAUUCGACAUUGACGAUUUUGAAGGAACUAAUGAGAGCGAAAAUCGAUUUAUGUGCGAGAAGUGCGAUGAGACGUUCGCAGAUCGGUUCAGACUCGCGAGGCAUCGUCGGAAACAUAGUCGUGAUGAACGUCCGGAUCCGAGAACUAUUAACGGGUCCAAAUUCAUGUGUACUUUAUGCAGUAUUCCGUUUAGAAAUGAAGACGAUCUGGAAGUUCACAAAUCAUGGCAUGCAAAUGGCGAACCGUUGCAAUGUGAAUUUUGCUGUGUGAUUUUAUCUAGUCGACUUAGUUUAAAACGACAUGUUUUGCACGUUCACGUAGUGCGCAAACCUCAUAUGUGCAACUCAUGUAAUGCUAGUUUCGAAAGGUCUUCUCAUCUGUCGAAGCACAAGAGAGAAGCACAUGGAUUGUGACGAGAGUGAUUCAAAAACUUUUAUCAAUGCAAAAAAACUCACUUUGCUUAAUAACGAUAUCAUUUAUGGUUUAAUUUAUUCGGUCUGGAACAUAAUUUCUUACAAUU